UCCGCAUCCAUUUCUUUAUUUUCCACCACAUUCCUCAACACAAGACAUGAAAUCUCUCAACAUAUUCAUAGCAAUGUUGAUCUUGAUAAUGGCCUUGGCCAUUAGUCUCUCCGUGGCAUCACAUGAUCAAGAGGAUGCAAAUGACACAGCACUCGAUCUUCCUUUCACAAACAUUGGCCUAGUAUCAAACUCUCUCCGAGGGGCAGGCCGUUUUCUAGCUCAGAACACCCGCUUGGCUGCCAUGACAUGUAAUAAAUAUCCUAGGGUUUGUCGUGCCAAGGGAAGUCCGGGACCAGAUUGCUGCAAGAAGAAGUGUGUGAAAGUUGCCACCGACAGGCUCAACUGCGGAAAGUGUGGAAGGAAGUGCAAGUACUCAGAGAUUUGUUGCAAAGGACAGUGUGUGAAUCCGAUGACAGACCACAAUCAUUGUGGAGACUGCAAUAAUAAGUGUGGAAAAGGAAACAAAUGCGUUCAUGGAAUGUGCAACUACGCAUAAAAGUUGCAGCAUAGGGUUGAGAUGUUAAAAUGUACGAGUCUUUGAAUUUGAGCCCGGAGAUGAGUAAAUAAUGGCUAGACAU